CUGUUUAUGUAAUAACUGGACUGCUGUAAGGUGCCUGUGAAAGGGGGAAAAGCCUCUAAGGUGCUCCAAACUAAGAGUAAACUGGACAGGACUGGGGAAAAAGGCUCCUGGUUUGUUGGUGGUAACCCUAAGCUGAAACAGGGCCUUAAAGAAGGGUGGAGGCAGCAGGCAGCAGCUGGGACUUGUCACAUUAUACUCAGGACCAGAGUGGGACGAGGGCACCUACAAUACGAGCUGUGAGAGAGAAUAGCGGAGUCUGACUGAGAGUAGACCAAACACAGGGGGAACAAGGACGCCUGUGCAUCAACAGCAGCCGCAGCAGAGGCCAACGUAGGGCUUUGGGAGAUACCCCCCACCCCCACCCCCACUCCCCCCUUGAGGCAGGGGGAUCACAACUUUCUGUUACCAGAGACUCCGGACAGUUUUCCAACUUCUUUGUAACAGGAUCUGUUUGAAAAAGAGAAAGCACAAUGGAUAAGGAUGCUCUCCUGGACUAUGAGUAUCCGGACCUGGAUCCACUGCCAUCCAAAAUUGAAACAGAAACCGUCCCACCAUGUGACCCCACCGCAGAUGACAUGCUCUAUCACAUAUGCAUCACUGCAAUAUCCCUGGUCGUCAUGCUGAUUCUAGCCAUCCUGGCCAGGCGCACGAAGGUGGGCAACAGACAGAAAGGGCUCCCAGGUUUACUCAGUCCGGUGAACUUCCUGGACCAUACGCAGCACAAGGGUCUGGCAGUGGCUGUGUUCGGCGUGCUGUUGUGCAAACUGUGGGGGCUGCUCGUCUCUCCAAACCCCCUCCCUUUCACCAAAGACUCCACGAACAAACAGAACUGGGUGAUUCUGGGAGUCUUCUACUACCCCGCUCUAUACUACCCUCUCCUGGCAUGUGGCACUUUACAUAAUAACGUUGGCUAUGUACUUGGUAGCCUCCUGUCAUGGACACACUUCAGUGUUCUGGUGUGGCAAAAAAUUGAUUGCCCCAAAACACCUCUGAUACACAAGUACUACUCCCUGUUUUCCAGCCUUCCUCAGAUAGCUUGCUUAGCAUUCCUCAGUUUCCAGUAUCCCUUGUUCCUAUUCAAGGGCUUCAAGGGUGCUGAAAGGACCAACACCACAGAGGAUCUCAGCAGCAGCUAUUAUAAAGACUAUGUAAAGAAAAUUCUAUUAGAGAAAAAGCCCAGCAAAGUCAGCGCAACAAGCACAGACAAACCGAAACUACCACAGCGCGUAACCGAUGCUGUGAAGUCGUAUAUUUACACACCAGAGGAAGCAGCUUUCCGUUUCCCAUUGAAGUUGGCAAUAUCCUGUGUAGUAUCUUUUAUAACCCUGUACCAGAUGGGCCUUGUACUGAUCUCAGCUGUGGUGCCAACCAUGCAGAAAGCCCGGUUUGGCGUUGAUGAAGAUAUUGCAAAUGUUUUAGCCGGCUUCCAGAUUAUUCUGUCUCCAGACAGGAAGGAAGUUGUCAGAAUUGUUGUUUACUACAUGUGGUGUGUGGAAGUGUGCUACAUCUCAGCGAUGACCCUGUCGGCUUUGGUCAACUUGGUUCUGCUCAUGCGAUCGAUGGUUUUGCAUCGGUCCAAUCUCAAGGGGCUGUACAGAGGAGACGUUUAUAAUGUGUACAACUGCCAGCGAAGCAUCAGGGCAUCCAGGCCAGCUCUGGUCUGCUGGAUGGGCUACACCAGCUUCACUGCAGCUCACAUCUGCAUUGGUAUGAUGAUCCAGACCCUGGUGUUCUUCCUCUGCCUUCUGAUCGCCGUCUUCCUCAUAAUUAUACCCAUUUUGCACAGGCAGAAUCUGAUUCUCUUUCAGAUCCUGUUGAGCAUGUGGCCUUUCUGGUUGAUGAUUCUCCUAGCUGUGGUGCUUCAACACAUCACUGCCAGGUUUUUCUUCAUCAAGAAAACAGCAGGCACACACGAUUUGAACAACAGGGGUAAUCUGUUCCUCCUGACAUAUCUGCUGUUUCCCGUCAAUGUUCUGAUUGGAGUGUUGCUGGCUGUCUGGCGCAUGGUCAUCACAGCGCUGUUCAAUAUCGUCCACAUGGGACGCAUGGAUAUCAGUCUUCUGAACCGCAAUGUGGAGGCGUUUGACCCGGCCUACCGCUGCUAUGCUCAUUAUCUGAAGAUUGAGGUGAGCCAGUCUCACCCCGUGAUGAAGGCCUUCUGCGGGAUGCUGCUGCAGUCUUUGGACCAGGAGAACAAAGCUGCUCAGAGGUCACGGGAUGCUGAAGAGGGGAUCCAGUUGGUGCAGCAGGAGAAGAAACUGCACAAAGUCUCCAGCGCCAAGCGGGCCCGGAUGCACUGGCAGCUCCUGUACACGCUGGUCAACAACCCCUCCCUGGUGGGCACCAGAAAGCACUUCCAGCUUCAGACGGUCGAUAAUUUCCUGAAUGGAAGCCUGAACCGCGGCAGCAAGCAGGGCAGCAAAAAGGAAGCAAUACCCCAGGAGGCAGAGGCUGCAGCCAGCAAUUAAGCCAGAGUGUUUGACCCCCAUAAUGUACUGGUUUCUGAAGGGGCAAUGAUUUGGGUCAAAUCUUAUUGUGAGAUAUCUCAAAACCUACAAUAGACGUGUCUGCAACUUGCAUUGUACAAUGUCUUGCAUAUAACUGUCCCAUGAAACAUUUUAUACUUUGUCACCUUUCAACUACAAAACUCAGAGCAUUUUAUUUGGGGUUUUAUGUGAUGGAGCAACAUCAAGUAAUGCAUAUUUAUGAAAUGCAAUAAAAAUGGCACAGUUUUCAAUAGCCUUAAUGAAUAACAACCUGAACACCAGGCACGCAUUUUAAUCUGGUAUCCCUAAAUAAAAUCCAGAGGAAUGAGUUGCCCUUAGAGCUCACACAACAAGUAGAGUUCAAUAUUUUGUGAUUUCAUUUUGGUCUAAAUACAGCUGUGGAGAAGUCAAAAUUAGAGUUAGGUUAUAAAACAUUACCUCAAGCUUUGAACGUCUCAUGGAGCACUGUUAAAACCACCAUCCGUAAAAUAAAGAGUAUGAUACAACCGCAAAUCUACUAGGUCAUGGCCAUCCACCUAAAUCCGGCCGGAUACGGGCAGGAUUAAUGAGAGAAGCAGUCAAGAGGCUCUACUGAUUCUGGGGGAGCUGCAGAAAACAAGAGCUUAGGUGGGGGAUAUGUUGUCAGUACAACCUUAGUAAUGCAGUAUACUCUUUAAAUCUGGCCUUUAUAGAAGGGUCAUGCCCUACAGGCCAUGUCCUCUACAUGGCCUGUAGGGCAUGACCUCUACAUGUGGAAGAGGGUGCUCUGGUCGGGAAGGACAGUAAUUAAACUCAUUGGCCUGCAUCCACAAUGCUAUGUGUGGUGCACAACUCCACACUCCACAUUACUCUUAACACUCUUAACAAUACUUUUGUUGGUCAAUCACAAAAAUCCCUACAAAAUGCGUUUGAAUUUGUGGCAAGACAAGAUGUCUAAAUAGUAUAAAUAGUGCCUCAUUUUAAAAAUAUUUAUCAAGUCUUUCCUAUUUGUGUGAAGACUGUAAGUCCUCUUUUGGCAUGUGUUAUUAGAGGCACUUUGCUGGAUUUAAUGGGAAAGCUUGGCUGACACUGACUAUUCCAACAAAUGCAUUAAAUAUAAUUCACAACAAAUAAAUGCGCUCACUUUGGAUCAGACCUUUGCCGCUCUAGAGUUUAAGCUCUAUAUUAAUCAUGUUUUCUUAUAUAUAAUGCAGAACUUACAAAUGUUUAGUUCCCCAUGCUGAACUUAUGAUAAUUCACAGAACCAUCUUUCAAAAGAGAGUAUUUAUAUAGAGACAAAAAGAAUAUUGAGAAAACUAUUUAUAAAUACACAGAUGUGUUUUUUGUUAGGCUUAUUAUCCUGUGGAAUAAGAGCUGCCAUAGAAAUCUUGUCUUGUUCCGUUUAGUCAACAACCACUGGCUGCUACGAACCCUUUGUUGUCAAAGCUCUAUUGUGGUUUCUCGCGUUCAGCAGUGCUUCACUUUUGUGAUUAAUGUGAAAAUAAAACUUAAACCAGUCAUUUGAAUUCCUGUGACACA